ACGAUUCUCUCCGAAAUUGACAACUCUGGUAUUUAUUGUUUAAUUAUGCUUUCUUCUUCAUCAUCCUUCUUGUUUUGUUUCAGUUUUAAUAUGAGUAACUAAAACCCUUGUUCAAAGGUUGAUAUGAACUUAUAAAUUGGUAAUUACUUUGAUUGGAUGGAUUAGUAUUAAUUCGUGUCUUAAUUAUUAAUCUUAUUGCUUGAAUUAAAUUAGCUACUUAGUUCAUGAGUUUGUGUUUAGUUAACUAAUUGAGAGAUUGUUAAUUAAAUAGACAUAGGUAAUUAAGAACUUAGAGAAAAACGCCGUGAGAGCGGGUUGGAAUUUAGGUAGUCAUUGAGUUUGCUUCAUAAUUAUAAUUUGAUUAUUUAAUUCAGUUUUAAUAUUGUGAGAGCGAGUUGAUAAUUGGUUAGUUAAUUAGGUUAUGAUUUUAUUCGGAUCUUUGAGGCUUGAGAGGGCGGGAUUCGGUGCUUUAGAAUAGCUCGAUUCGCGAUAAAAUCGCUAAGAAAUCCUAUUCCAUAAUUUUACUUAUUUAUUUGGGAUUAUCAAUCCUUGAGCUUUUUAAUCUUAUUGUUUUAAAUCAUAUUUUAUUAUUUGUUUUCAGUUUAUAUUAGUUUAAUUAAAUUACAAAAUCCUAUUGAUUUUUCUAGCUAGCCGAUUAAAGAAUAUUUGAAAUUAGUGAUUAAGUCCAUUGUCUCCGUGGGAUCGAUACUUGGUCUUCCAAGUUAUAUUACUUGCGCGAUAUCGUACACUUGCGAUUAUUUGCCAACAAGUUUUUGGCGCCGUUGCCGGGGACAAUUGCGUACUUAAUAAAUUAAGAGUAUUAUAUUCUUGAUUGUGUUCGCCUUUAUUUUCUGUAUUUUCUAUUUGAUUUUUGUGUUUGUUGGAUUUUACGUUGGGUGUUCUUGUUUUUGGGUGUGCAGGAAAUUUGAUAUUUGUUGGUUUAUCCUCAUUGUUUUUUGGUGUACCUAUUCUGAAAAGAGUAAUGGCAUGGAAUCAAAAUUAUAUGCAGUACCGAAAUUUUCAGUAUAACUGUGAAAUUUGUGGGGAUUUUGGUCAUACUCGAGCUGACUGUCAUGUACUCUAUCCAGAUUGGAAUGGACAUGCCAACUAUAUGGGUGAUCAAUGGCAAGCUAGUGAAACUUAUGGUUGGAACGAUACUUGGGAGAACUUCAAUGAAAAUUUGAACUUUAAUUCAAGUUAUCACCCACAUCAAAACGAAUGGGAUUUCAAUUCCAACUUUGAUAAUGAACCACAACAAUCACCGGAUUUUCUGCAAAAUUGGAAUGUGGAUGAAGGAAGCAAGAUUGACGAAUUCAUUGAGGAGAUGAGAACCGGUUUCCAAAAUCAAGCCGCGGUCAACCACCGUCUUGAGACGCAAAUUUCUCAAUUGGCUAUUUUGAUUCAAAAUAUAGCUCAAGAUGGUCUACCAUCUACAACAGAAUCAAAUCUAAAAGAGCAAGUAAAAGUAAUUGAGCUUCGAAGCGGAAAAUCACUUGACAGUCCAUAUGUUACGAAGGUGGUUCAAGUUGACGAUGUGCCAAUCAAUAGUGACGAUGAGAUGGCUGAAACUCCAUAUGUCAAUGCCUUAGUUGGACAUCAUCCAACAAAGGUACAUGUAGAUGCCGAAAAAGAACAGUGUGAGGAUGGUGAACUUGAAACUCCGAUUUUCCACCCAAUUACAACAUCCAUGAGCUUAAAUAAUGAAAGUGGAGAGCAAUUUGGUAUUACGGUACUCUACAAGGAAUUUAAUAAAACCUUUGAUUUUAAAGAUCCAUUCUUAGAAGGGUUUGAUUCCGAGUAUGAUGGAAAUAAUACUAAAUAUAUGCUUCAUACUCCUCAUGUUCCCUACUAUAGAGUACAAGCAUACUCUAUAUCAUCCGAGUUUUAUUUGAAGGAGCCAACAAGGAAAAAGAGGAAGAAGAUGCUACCAAGACGGCUUCCUCAUGUUAGGUUGUAUUUUUAGCAACCUUACGCGAAGAGUGGAAAUUAGGUGAAAAACGACUAUUUGGGGCAAAUUUAUGGUGGAUUGCGGGUACGAGUAAAGCGUAGCUUGCGGACGAAGAAAUUGAAGUUUCACGAACGAGAUUGAGCAAAAAUAGGUUGUUCCCGUUCAAAACAAAGGUUUCUCGAACGGGAACCAUGCAGAAUGAGCAUGAGUCUCGAACGAGAAGGACUUGUCUCGUUCGGGACUCAAGAAAGAAUCAACAUCUCAAAGCUCUCGGUUUACGUUUUUUCGAACGUGAAUAAGGCUCCCGUUCGGGAACCAUGUUAAAAUUGGGCAUGUCACGAACGGAACUAUGGUUUCCCGAACGGGAAAGAAGGAAAUUACGCGUGCAGCAGACUUUGAAUUGGACUGAAAUUCUUCCUCAAAUCACAAUUACAACUCCUAUUACAAAUUGAUUUGUAAUACGAAUUAGAAGACUCCGGAACUUCUCCUACUAUAUAAAGACCUUGUACUAGACUCAAUUUAUGUAUGUAGAAUAAUUUAGAAUACAUAAGUUUUAAUUAUUUUCUCUUA